AUGGAAACACUGGAGUCGGAAUUGACCUGCCCUAUCUGUCUGGAGCUGUUUGAGGACCCACUGCUGCUGCCUUGCGCUCACAGCCUCUGUUUCAACUGUGCGCAUCGCAUAUUGGUCUCCCACUGUGCCACCAACGAAUCAGUGGAAUCCAUCACUGCCUUCCAGUGCCCUACUUGUCGUUAUGUCAUCACUCUCAAUCAACGUGGUCUAGACGGACUGAAGCGCAACGUCACCCUGCAGAAUAUUAUCGACAGGUUUCAGAAAGCUUCAGUGAGUGGGCCCAAUUCUCCUAGCGAAACCCGCCGAGAGCGGGCAUUUGAUAGCAACAGCAUGUCAUCCAGUGAAAAAGUUCUCUGCCAGUUCUGUGACCAGGACCCUGCCCAGGAAGCAGUGAAGACCUGUGUCACUUGCGAGGUGUCCUACUGCGAGGAGUGCCUGAAAGCGACUCACCCGAACAAGAAGCCAUUCACGGGCCACCGUUUGAUAGAGCCUAUUCCGGACUCUCACAUCCGAGGAUUAAUGUGUCUGGAGCAUGAGGACGAGAAAGUUAACAUGUACUGCGUGACUGAUGACCAGUUAAUCUGUGCCUUGUGUAAACUGGUUGGACGGCAUCGUGAUCAUCAGGUGGCAGCUUUGAGCGAGCGCUAUGACAAAUUAAAGCAAAAUUUGGAGAAUAACCUCACGAACCUUAUUAAGAGGAAUACUGAACUGGAAACUCUCUUGGCUAAACUCAUUCAAACCUGCCAACAUGUGGAAGUGAAUGCAUCGCGACAAGAAACCAAGCUGACAGAGGAAUGUGACCUGCUCAUUGAAAUAAUCCAACAGAGACGACAAAUUAUUGGAACCAAAAUAAAGGAAGGGAAGGUGGUGAGACUGAGAAAACUGGCUCAGCAGAUUGCAAACUGCAAACAGUGCAUUGAACGCUCUACGUCUCUCAUCUCUCAGGCCGAACAGUCUCUGAAGGAGAAUGAUCAUGCGCGCUUCCUGCAGACGGCUAAAAAUAUCACUGAGAGGGUCUCCAUGGCUACUGCAUCCUCCCAGGUGUUAAUCCCUGAAAUUAAUCUCAAUGAUACUUUCGAUACUUUUGCGCUUGAUUUUACCAGGGAGAAAAAAUUGCUGGAAUGCCUUGAUUAUCUUACAGCUCCUAACCCUCCAACCAUUAGAGAAGAGCUCUGUACAGCUUCUUACGACACAAUCACUGUCCACUGGACGUCAGAUGAUGAGUUCAGUGUGGUCUCAUAUGAGCUGCAAUAUACCAUCUUUACUGGACAAGCUAAUGUAGUUAGUUUAUGCAACUCAGCCGACAGUUGGAUGAUUGUUCCAAAUAUCAAACAAAACCACUACACAGUGCAUGGGUUACAGAGUGGCACUAAGUACAUCUUCAUUGUCAAGGCCAUUAAUCAGGCGGGCAGCCGAAACAGUGAGCCUGGCAAGCUGAAAACAAACAGCCAGCCGUUUAAACUGGACCCCAAGUCUGCCCACAGAAAGUUGAAGGUGUCCCAUGAUAACCUGACAGUGGAGCGUGAUGAAACCUCUUCCAAAAAGAGCCACACACCCGAGCGAUUCACCAGCCAAGGGAGCUAUGGAAUAGCUGGAAAUGUGUUUAUUGACAGUGGACGGCAUUACUGGGAAGUGGUUAUAAGUGGGAGUACAUGGUAUGCAAUUGGUAUUUCUUACAAGACAGCGCCAAAACACGAGUGGAUUGGAAAGAAUUCUGCCUCUUGGGUGCUUUGCCGUUGUAAUAAUGCCUGGGUGGUGAGACAUAACAGCAAAGAAAUUCCUAUAGAGCCUGCUCCUCACCUCCGUCGUGUUGGGAUUUUGCUGGACUACGACAACGGUUCCCUUGCCUUUUAUGAUGCUUUGAACUCUCUACACCUUUACACGUUUGACAUAACCUUUGCACAGCCCGUGUGCCCCACAUUCACUGUGUGGAAUAAAUGUUUGACAAUUAUAACAGGCCUGCCUAUCCCAGAUCACUUAGACUGCACUGAGCAGCUUCCGUGA